UUGUUUCUUUUUCUUUCUUUUUCAGACGUUCCAAUAGAAACAGCAGAUCAACAACAAGGAAAAGGAUUGUCGGUGAUUGCUAUAGCCUAUAUAAUCACCGUUCCUCUAUUGAUAGGGGUGUCCAUAGCAGUGAAUUUUGUCUGCUACAAAUGUGGAUUGAAAAAAGGUAAGGCGAUAGAACGGAAGCGACAAUUUCCGGACGAAGCACAAGUAGUACAUUACCAACAUUAUCAAGAUGAUGACGUGAGUGUUGGACAACGGCCUGCACGGGAACAACCAGGGCCUUCCGCCGGUCAGUUAUCCACUGACGCCUCACACGACUAUGCUGCAUACGAUGAAAUCAAAGACCAUCGACAGCGCCUGCAGGCGUCACAGAGGAAGAAAGACGGGGGCUACCUGACACCAGUCUCCCAAAAUCUGAAUAGAUCGCUACCUCCUGUGAGGACUGACGGGGAUGGUUAUAUGUCACCAACAUCGGCAUCAGAUAACCGGCCGCCAGGACAGGGCAAGCGAAGUACAGAUUCCUCGCCAUCACCGCCAGGAAAUGGCGGUUAUAUAUCUCCACUACAAGCAGAGAAUGUUACCGAGAAAAUGCUAUCAGGCAACAGCGAUUCUAGUUCAAAUAAGUCUGAUAAGUCGGACAAAUCCAGAAAAUACCAGAACGAACCACGUAGCAAAUCUUCACCGAAAUCAAAAUCAAUCUACCAAUCAAUCAAAGAUGCUGGUAUCUCUCAAGAACACCAAUACUUAGAAUUACAGACUAAUGCCUCUUGAGCCCGGUGUUGUAUUUCAUUACAUAUUAUGCUGAAAGAGGGCAAAAAGACUUCAUCCUUUUUGUGGAAAUUUGAUUUUCUGUAAGUGUUAUAUGUGUAUUUUUAUUAAUCAUAUAAUUUUGUAAAAUAGUUGCUUGGUCAUUUAAGUUUGCAUUCGGUAGUGCAAUUUGUGUAAAUAUUUUGUUUUGAGUAUCUACUUCCUUAGAUAUGGAUCCACAUUGAGGUAAAAACAUUGUAACCUUAGGAAAUGUUUACUUCCUCAAAUAUCUUUAACCCCUUUUUAAUCAUGAAUUUAUCAUUUAGAAUUGUAUUUGUCAUGUAUUGAAUUGUAUUCGUCGUAUAUGUAUAUGUAUUAGAGGAGAAGCAAUUGAGGGGUGAUCUAAUUUGUGAAUUUUCUUGUGCGGUAUUCAUAUCUGCGCAAUUUGAGUACAGGUACUUGUAUUUCGUAUUGGAUCUGGACAUGUGUACAGGUGUUGCUCACAUUACAUCUAGAAACUUAUGCAGAUGCAGAAUACUUGAUCACAUUACUUCUAAAAACUUGUAUUUUAUGUUACACCUAGAACAUUGUUCAUAUUACAUCUAAAAUUUUGUAUUUUAUAUCACACCUAGAAUGUUGUUGAUAUUACAUUAAAAACAUUGUAUUUCAUAUUACACCUAGAAUGUUGUUCAUAUAACAUAAGAACUUGUUCAUAUUACAUUUACAAACUUGUAGUUCAUAUUAGACUGUAUAUAAAAACUUGUAGUUCAAUGUUACAUUUCUAUUGCUUUCUCAUCAAUAAAAAUUGUUUAUAUCCA